UAGGGCUGUCGGAGGACAGGUCUUUGGCGCUUUCAAAAGAGGACUCUAUGGAAAUAGUCCGGAAGAAGGCUUGCGAGGUUCUGAGGAAACAGAAUGAGAAGAAUGAGCGUCAGUAUAAUCUGCGGGCUAGAGAGGUGGCUUAUAAAGAAGGGCAAGAAAUAUUUUACAAAAACUUUAAGCAGAGUAAUUUUGCGGCAGGAUAUAGUGCCAAAUUAGGCCCAGCAUUCAUAAAAGCUAGAGUGCGCAAAAGAGGAUCUGCAAGGCCAUCUCCUGGGAAAAUUUCAUGCAAAGGAUAUGAGACAGUAGCCAAGGCAGAUACAAGCUGUUGGUGGAAUCUGUCUUAGGGUAUCAAACCCCAAGCCAGAUUCUUGGCGGAGGGGCUUUGUAACGCUUGUAUCUGUAAAAAGAAAGGCAGAGGGGAAAGGUGCGCCAUCUAGAAGACAAGUUUCAAACUAUAAAGGGGCAUAGAGAGAUUAGAAGGAGUGCAACCGGGUAAGAUGGCAACUUUCCAUUUUGGGGGAUUGUCUCUUCGGGCAAAGGCCAGGGAGGAUUCGGCGCCAAUUUUGGCGUCUGUGCGAUCAUUCCCUCAUUGCACCUCCGCAGAUUCGGUUGAGUGGAUUGGUUUACCUAAAAGUGUCCAAGUGCUAAGUGGAAACAAAUCGGGGAACGAGGAGCGUAGGUCCAGGGGCGGAAAAGUCCAACAGGAAAGCCCACUGUUUUUGUGGCCAGUUCUGGAUCCGUGGAGGCUCGGCGAAAGGAUAAUUAUUGCCGGAACAGAGGGGAAGUCAGGCAGCCCCAACGAGUCGGAGCGGAUCUGAAGGAUUCCGGAAGCCCACGGCGCAAAGCAGCAGGAGCAGAGUUCGCCGGAAAGAUUCCGGGUUGUGCUUAGAUUGUCAGAUAGACCCCAAAACAAAUAAACUAAGAAAGACUCAAUCGAUGGGCUUGAGUUUGACUCGCUAGGCCCACCAUCAAACCCUUUGCGCGAGCGGCAGUUUGAUC